AUGGCUUUUGUAUCUUCAUCAAUUCUUCGAUUGACAUUGGUGAAUAUUAAAGGACUUACUCAACUACAUGGAGAAGUUUUACAACAUCUUGGGGCAGUUGAAUAUCUAUCUAUCAAAGAGUGUGAUGAGCUUAGAUACUUAUGGGAAUCAAAGUUGGAGGCAUGCAAGAGUCUCGUUAGUUUAUGGGAUUUGAAAGUAGAUUCUUAUGAAAAGUUGGUAUCAGAGGCAGAGGAAGAGGUUAAUUUGGGGAUUGGCUUGAAAUCUAUUAGAGAUGUGGUUCUUUACAAUUGUCCAAGGCUAGAUAUUUACAAUUGUUCAAAUAGUAUCGAGAAGUUGUUGAUAUCUAAUUGUCAUUCAGUUACAUCCUUGACCUUCCCAACAGUGCACAACCUCCCAUUCACUCUAAAGAUUCUUGACAUUACAUCAUCUGGUAAGCUAGAGAUGAGUUGGCUUCUCAAUAACUUCUUGUCAUCACUUGAAUCUCUUUCCCUUGAUAACAUCCCAAAUUUGAUGUCAUUCCCUGAAGGAUGCUUAGUUCAUCUCACCAGAUUGACAAUUUGUGGUUGUGAUAACAUAGAAUCCAUUCCAGACAACGGUCUUGGUUUUCUUCCCCAUCUUUGCCUAACAUAUAUUCAUAUCGCUAACUGCAAGAAUCUAAAGUCAUUUCCUCAUCAACAUUUACAAAGCCUCACAUAUUUGGAGGAGUUAUGGAUGAGUGAUUGUCCAAGUAUGGACUACUCCUUUCCUUGUGGCUUGUGGCCUUCUAAUCUAAGUACCCUUGUAAUAGGGGGCUUAAAGAAGCCGAUGUCAGAGUGGGGGGUGCAAAAUUUCCCAACCUCACUUGUGAAGCUAUGGUUAGGUGGCAAAAGCUCAAGGUUGGUUUCAUUUGCCAAGGCAGAAGAAGAUGUGAGGAGUAGAAGCAAUAGAAAUACUAGUUUUCUUCUACCAUCAUCUCUGACUUUUCUACAGAUUCGUGACUUUGUGGAGUUGGAAUCACUUUCAGAGGGCUUACAACACCUCACGUGCCUUAAAGAACUUUUUUAUUCAGUCAUGCAUGAAGCUUUGAGAUCUGCCAGUGACAUUGCUUCCCUUUCUUUCACGUUUGGUGGUGAGGUCUUGCCCGAAAUUGGUAAAAAAGUGUCGGAAUAG